AUGAGCGCCUCCUCCAAGAUGCUCCGCAGCUCGCUGAGCCGGCGGUCGGGGCGGCAGCGCAGCAGCAAGGUGAUGUCGGUGGCCAUCGAGGACGUGCGCGACGCCAAGGAGGCGGCCUCCGUGGACGCGUUCCGGCAGACGCUGGUCCUGGAGGAGCUCCUCCCGGCGCGCCACGACGACUACCACAUGAUGCUCCGCUUCCUCAAGGCCCGCAAGUUCGAGAUCGACAAGAGCAAGCAGAUGUGGUCCGACAUGCUCAACUGGCGCAAGGAGUUCGGCACCGACACCAUCAUGGAAGAUUUCCAAUUCGAGGAGGUGGAGCAGGUGCUGGAGCACUACCCGCAGGGGCACCACGGCGUGGACAAGGACGGCCGGCCGAUCUACAUCGAGAAGCUGGGCGCCAUUGACACCACCAAGCUGCUGCAGGUCACCAGCAUGGACCGCUACGUGAGGUACCACGUGAGGGAGUUCGAGAGGGCCUUCGCUCUCAAGUUCCCGGCCUGCUCCAUCUCCGCCAAGCGCCACGUCGACCAGAGCACCACCAUCCUCGACGUCUCCGGCGUGGGCUACAAGAACUUCAACAAGGCUGCGAGGGAUCUCAUCGGCCAGCUCCAGAAAAUCGACGGGGAUAACUUCCCUGAGACCCUGUGCCGGAUGUUCAUCAUCAACGCCGGUCAGGGAUUCAGGCUCCUGUGGAACACCGUCAAGUCCUUCCUUGACCCCAAGACCACAGCCAAGAUCCAUGUUCUCGGCAACAAGUACCAGAGCAAGUUGCUGGAGGUCAUUGAUCCCAGCGAAUUGCCCGAAUUCUUUGGGGGCACUUGUGUAUGCGAGGGCGGAGGUUGCAUGCGCUCCGACAAAGGACCGUGGAAGGACCCUGAAAUCAUAAAGAUGGUGCAAUGUGGCUUGGGGAGGUGCGGGAUGAACAACUCGGACCCUGCCAGCGCCGAGGAGAAGACGAUCACCGAGGACGACGCUGCGCCGGCUGUAAAGAAGCAAGAGUCGAUGCGCCGUGACGGCGUCGACUCUCCUAAGGUGGCGCACGACAAGGUCGAACACCCGCCGCAUAUGGCUCCCCUCCAUGAGGUGCCAAAUGAAGAGGCCAAGGAUUCGCAGGCUGCUCCUUCCGGUAACGAGGGGGGCUCCGCGCCCUACGACGAGCUCUUCCCCAUGGCGGACAAGGGCAUGGAUUUCAACUGGAACGGCGAGAUGAGCGCGGAGAAGCUCGCCAUCGCGAGAGAUAUGUACGCGUCGCUGCCGGACGCGUACAAGCACGGCGACGCCGGGGACCGGCAGGUGGUGACGGGGUUCAUGGCGUUCGUGAUGGGGGUGGUGGCCAUGUUCCGGGUGGGCAAGAUCGCGCCGAAGCGCGCCAUGGACGCGGCCAUGGGCAUCGCCACCAUGGAGGCCAUGGCCAAGAACCGCAAGCUCCUGCAGGCCCAGGGGCAGGGAGGGGGCGGCGGGGGCCCGGUCAUGGUGGCGGGGGUGUCGACGGCGCAGUACGAGGCGCUGGCCAAGCGGGUGGGCGACCUGGAGGAGAAGGUGGCCGCCCUCGGGUCGCGGCCCACCGAGAUGCCCGCCGACAAGGCGGAGCAGCUCGCCGCCGCCGCCACCCGGCUCGACGCCCUCGAGGCCGAGCUCGAGGCCACCAAGAAGCUUCUGGAGACGUCGAAAGGGCAGCAGGAGGAGGUGCUGGCGUACAUCGAGAAGAAGAAGAAAAAGAAGGGGAUGCAGAACCCGUUCCGUUGGUGA